UAAAUUUACCUUUGAAAGAUCUUCUUGUCAGCCGAACUUCCUCUACGAACGGUCCGCCAUUGUUGACAGUCAGAGUAGUGCCCAGUCCUCCUCUCCGCAUCACGGAUCGGCCAAUAGAUGUAUGCCCGUUUCAACGCCCUCCCUCCUCCCGCCCUGAUUUUAUUUACAUCUGGAGCUCGGGGCCAUGGCGACGCACGAACCUUCGCCUGAAGAAGAAAAUUCCAUCGCUUUUCCGGAGAAAUUUGUCAAUAUUUCAAGCACUAAGCCAGAACCAGAAUCUAACGUUGAACCAAUGCCAGAAUGGAAAGAGGCGAUGGAAUCCUGGGGAUCUGCUUGGGAAUUCCACCUGUAUGGACUUGGCACAGGCUUCUUAAYAUUAGCGAUUCUCUCGCUGGCGUUUUUGAUAAGGUUGAGGAAGCAUAAAUCUAACCAAAGGAAAGUUUCAGUCAUUUUGCUUGGCUUUUUAGCGUUGUAUGGAACAUCAAGAAGCGUGUUUCUUUUCGUUGAUGCUUACCAUCACAAGAAGACAAUUCCGAUACCAGUUUUGAAUAUCAUUUGGGGAAUCGCACAACCCUGUUUGAUAACUUCCUAUGCUUUAUUAUUUGUGGUUCUUCUCAAUGCCCUACGGCUCAAGCAAAAGUUUCAGGCUUGGUUCACCGCUCGUAACAUUGGGCUCAUCACAAUUCCUCAUUUUCUUUUCGUUUUUGGAGCCGAGUUGAUCGUUUCUUUUUCUCCUCAGUUCAAAACACUAGUAUUCUUAUGCCAGCUUCUAUAUGCCUUCUUCAGUCUUACUCUAGCGUUUUUAUAUACUUUCGUGUCCACUCUUAUGUGGAAGAGCGUCAAUAAAAUGAAAAAUAACACGGUCGCUGAAAUCAGCUCGAGAAAGAAAAUUCAUCGUAUUCUUUGUACAUGUGUUGUGGCGGCAAUAGGAGGAGUGAUGAUCGGGGGAACGCAAGUCUAUACCAUGGCUGGACCAUUUGGCGUAUUCUCUUCCACAAACCAUGUUCCUGCCUGGCCGUGGUACUGGCUUACAACAGUUAUGAGAGUGUUAGAAAUCUUUAUGGCUAUAGUAAUGUUUUCAAUUGCUCAUUAUCAGUCUUUUAAGGGAUCAGGCAGCAUUUGUAAGGUUAAAGUAGCAAGUGCUGAACAAAAUGUUACUGGACAAAGAUGUGCAGUGACUGAACAGGAUUUGACUACAAGAUUUUCUCAUGAACCCGAUCCAUUACGUGCAACAGCACUGCACUAAAUAACAUCAUGCUCGACGUAAAAUUAUCCUUAAAAAAUUCUACAGACUGACUUUUCAUGAUUAUACUGUACUAUACCUGUAGAAGUGAUAUAGCAGAAUAGCGGAAUAAAUUAAAGCAGUAAAUACUGCGGCUAUGCGUGAA